CUCACGCUCCAUCUUUUUGAUGACGACAAUACGCACACCUACCUCACAAUGCACCUUCCCAGGCUUCGCAGUCUGGAAGUACUGAGUUGCUCUGCUGGGUGCGCGGGCACAGACGCCGUUGCAGGCGUUUCGGCGCUUUUGAGAACUACGAAGAGCCUUACUUGCCUGGUGUUCCACGGGAGUUUCGGAUUCCGCCAGCCACCAAAUGCACUUAUCGAUGCUCUGGCCACCAACUCGACGCUGAAAUGGCUUGACCUGACGACUUACUGGGAGACCGACAAGCCGCCAGGACCACUAGGGGAAUACGUGAAGAGCAAUGGCUUGCUCACGCGUCUCACUGUUUCCGGCCUCGAUGUGGACCGGGAAGAGCUCCUUCUCGAAGAGGCCCUCGUUUGCAAUCACACCCUCUCUACACUCCAUGUCUUAAAUGUUUGCGGCGGCGAAAGGUCCGUGCGUUUCAUUACGAGGAUACUCGCAAAAUGCUCCACCUUGAAGAAACUUUAUGUCGGCUGGGCACGGACCCCGUACACCAAAUUAUCAGAGGCCACACUGACGCGCUGCGCGGAGGCAUUGGCGCAGAACCAAACCUUGAAGGAACUCACGCUUCCAUACUGCUUGUGGCAUUCAAACAACUGGAUUACAUUCUUCGCACUGCUGCCGAGAAACAAGCAUCUUAAGAAGCUAGAUGUCACAACAUAUCGGUACACUGAAGACUGCCCAACGUUUCCGCCUGUCCUGGAAGCAUGGGCGCUGACAAAGCCAUCGGCACACGUUUCAUUCGGACAUUACAUACACGGCGUGGGAGUAAACCUCUUGCGCUACAGUGUCUUUUCAAGCAUAGGCCUUUGCGGAGAGGAGAGCGGGCAAGUUGACGCUUUACAGCGUCUGCCUGCGUUGGAGUACUUCACAUCCCUUACUGUAAAUGUGUCGGAGGCUGGCGAACGUUUGUUCUCUGCUCUGGCGAAGUACAUCCGGGAAACAACCGUGCUUCGUAAACUCAAACUGCAAGUGACAAACCCGCGGGCCCCGGACAAUACAGCUUCUUCAACGUGCUGGACUCUUCUCUUCGAAUCGAUGUCCGCUAACACCAGCGUCUCAGAUCUCGAUAUCUUCACCAACGGCUUGUUCCGGUACAACGACCUCCUCACCCACACCAUAGGGCACAGCAGGUACAUAAGUCGAGUGUCCUUUCUGGAAAACACAGGAUUCGGAGACGCCACCAACUUCGUUUCGCUCCUGUCGGAAAACAUUGGUGACAACCACGUUCUCCUCGAAGUCGAUUUGAGUGGCGCGAAAGUGGGAGGCGAGGCAAAGCGCUGCUUGUUCAUCAUCAGGGAAACGACGCAGAGGAACUGUGACAUUCUAGAACGCGCGGCUGCCAACAUCGAGAGGGCACCUCUCGAUUGGCACACCGCCACAGCAUUCGAGAAAGUCGCACGAAGUCCGGCGCUGAUCAGAGAGCUCUCCGAGAAGGAGGGCAUCGCCACUGCCGAAGUCGCCAGGAUGCUCCGAAGUCGUCUGAGGUGCGUGGAGGGCUUGCACGACUUCAUGAGGCUGACCGGUGUGGUCAAGGAUAGCGUCAAGUGCGCACCAUCUGUCGAAGGCCGUGGCAUGCAAUUGCCGGACCUGAGCGACGACUGCUGGCGCCUCGUGAGACGGUACCUCAGCUUCGACGACGUGAAGCGCAUCCACAAGCCGUGUCACUUCGCGUCUAGCUGAAUGUGAAGCACAAAGCAGCACAUUGAACCAACGGACCUAAAGAGCUCUUGCAGAAAUGACAAAUAAAAAGUACCGUGAG